CACACACACACACACACACAGGUGCAGAAGGACCGAGAUGUUCUCCACACAGCUCCUCCUGACUCCCUGUAGUCGUUUGGAAGCAGAACCCCUGCGCUGAUCCUCUGUGUGUGUGUGUGUGUGUGUGUGUGUGUGUGUGUUUGGACUGAGAGAUGGAGAAGGCGCUCCGCUGAGCUCAGGCUAUCAUGGCUGAAAAGUCAAACUUUGGGAGUCAGAAAGUCUCCCGUCCCCAGGGCUCCCUUCCGCCCGAGCCCAUCGACAUCAUUCGAAUCAAAGCGCGCUCCAGAAGAGUCCGGAUCAAUGUGGGCGGCCUGGUCCACGAGGUCCUGUGGAGGACUUUGGACCGCCUGCCUCGCACAAGGCUCGGAAAGCUGAGAGACUGCAACACCCACGACACCUUAAUGGAGAUCUGCGACGAUUACAGUCUCAACGAGAGCGAGUACUUCUUCGACAGACACCCGGGUGCCUUCUCCUCCAUCUUGAACUUUUACCGGACGGGCAAGCUGCACAUGAUGGAGGAGAUGUGUGCGCUGUCGUUCGGCCAGGAGCUCGACUACUGGGGCAUCGACGAGAUCUACCUGGAGUCGUGUUGCCAGGCGCGCUACCACCAGAAGAAGGAGCAGAUGAACGAGGAGCUGAGGCGCGAGGCUGAGACGCUAAGGGAGAAGGAGGGAGACGAGUCGGAGACAGGAUGGUGCCCGGAUAAGAGGAAGAAGCUGUGGGACCUGCUGGAGAAACCCAGCUCUUCUGUGGCCGCCAAGAUUCUGGCAAUAGUUUCCAUCCUGUUCAUCAUCCUGUCCACCAUCGCCCUGUCGCUGAACACCCUACCUGAUUUACAAGUAAAGGAUGAGUUCGGACAGUUGAAUGACAACCCUAACCUGGCCCAUGUGGAAGCUGUGUGCAUAGCAUGGUUCACCAUGGAAUACCUUCUACGCUUUCUGUCUUCGCCCAACAAGUGGAAGUUUUUUAAAGGCCCGCUGAAUGUCAUCGACCUCUUGGCCAUACUUCCUUACUACAUCACUAUUUUCCUCACGGAGUCCAAUAAGAGCGUUCUCCAAUUCCAGAACGUACGCAGGGUGGUCCAGAUAUUCCGCAUCAUGAGAAUACUCAGGAUCCUGAAACUAGCCAGACAUUCCACAGGCCUUCAGUCACUGGGCUUCACACUCAGGAGGAGCUACAAUGAACUGGGCUUGUUGAUCUUGUUCUUAGCAAUGGGAAUCAUGAUCUUCUCCAGCCUGGUGUUCUUUGCUGAGAAAGAUGAAGACGCCACCAAAUUUACCAGCAUUCCAGCAUCCUUCUGGUGGGCCACCAUUACAAUGACGACGGUGGGUUACGGAGAUAUCUAUCCACAAACGCUUUUGGGUAAAAUUGUCGGUGGUCUUUGUUGUAUCGCCGGUGUUCUGGUGAUCGCCUUGCCCAUCCCCAUUAUUGUGAAUAACUUCUCCGAGUUCUACAAAGAACAGAAGAGGCAGGAGAAAGCCAUCAAGCGUAGAGAAGCUUUGGAAAGGGCAAGGCGAAAUGGUAGUAUUGUAUCAAUGAACAUGAAGGAUUCGUUUGUGCGCAACAUGGAAUUUGUGGACGUUGUGAUCGAGAAGAAUGAGGACAAGCCUUCGGACAACCACCUUUCUCCAAGUCGAUGGACGUAUCAGAAAAGCCCAUGCACUGCCACCAAAUCCUAUGACCCUAAAUAUCAGGAAGUGAUGCAGUCAAGGUCUCCAGAGAAAUUUCUCAAGCCGUGCUCCAGUCCUCAACGAUUAAACCCAAAAUCUCUGGAGCAAAUGUAUAACCAAAUGGCAAUGGCUCCAAAAGAAGGCUGCAGAAUUGGCAGGGAGGAGAGUCUGGAGAUGAAGGUGGUUCAGUCUGACCCAUCGAUAAAAGAUCGCCCUGUUACUGAGAUCAGAAGCAUAUCGAGCAUUGACAGCUUUGCAAGUUGCUCCACAGACAUCAGUGAAGUAGAGAAAACAGCUCUGAUCCCCAACCUGAUGCAGAUGAGACACCCUCGCGCUCCUCCUCCUUUAGACCUGACCCAGAUCACCUCCCUAAACACCAAGGAAAAUGAAAAGUCAAAGCAACCCACCAUCAUCAAGGAGGGACUCUAUGAGUUUGUUCAGUACAAACCAGAGGGCAGUGCCCGAUCUCAAGGGGAGGAGAACAAAAGCUUUGAUAUGAGCAGCGAAAGUGUAACAGGAUCUCCGAAAAGACAUGCCAAGGAUCUCCAUGUCAAUUUCGUAGAGUCUGGAGACGAGGCAUCACCCAGCUUGCAUUUGGUGGUCACAGACGAAACGAUACCACUAACACCACAUUCUCAGCAAAGUCCCAAUACUCCAGGAAGGGGUUUGGAACCUGAAGGAGCAAUGAGUUCUCCAGUUUUCACUCCAUCCUCUAGUGAGAGCCAAAGAGGGAAGAAUCACUUUGACAAGCCGACGGUUUCUCCUGCUUCACCUAAAAUUGUGCUGAAUUGUUCCCCUGGCAAUGAGGACACUUCAGACAGCGGUCAAAGUGGACAGAAAGUUGUCAAUCACCUUCUUUCACCAGACAUUCUCAAAUCGCCUGGAGACGGGAACGUCUCGCCACCAUGCGAAUCCAGCAUGUGAUGCUAAGCGAGGCAGUUUAGAUACCAAUGGACAGAUUGUGAAUCAGGUCAUUAAAACAAAAAAGAUAAAUGGCCUGGAAAAGGCACACGGACUCUCUGAUAUUGCAAAGAGACUAUUUGUUAACUUUGCAUGACAGCAAACCUAAGGUUGAUGGAACUGCAUUCCUGGAGAGGAACAAUGGAUAAUGUUUGGAUCAGAGAGUCUGAAAACUGUACUGGUGUCCUCCAGAUCUGCUCGGGACUGAGCAGAAUGACUGCCGAGCCUGAGCUCCGGACAAGUCUCCACCCAAUAAGUGAUGACAUAAUGGACACGGCAUGAACCAUCCAAUUUUGUUUAGUUUGGUUUGACUGAUUCUAUUCACUGAUAGUGACCGUAAAAACCAGUGUAUGCAAAUUAGUUCAUAGGACUUAAAUACGAUGACAAGCAUUAAAUUGUUAUCAAAUAUGCCUUCAUGAGGUGAUGUCCUGAUUGCUAAGCUUGCGUGUCAGUAUUCUGACACUCAAAUAAGGCACAAUUACUAUACGGUACAAAACCAAAAAAAAAGAACAGAAGCAAAAUGUAUACAAAAUAAUCAGCUCCUGAACAGCAUGCUAGUCUUCAUCCCUUCAUUUAUUCAGUGGAAACGAUGCAUGCACGUGUUAUACCAGAUGUCCAGCACAUUUUUAACACUGUGGACAAAACUUGCUGUAAGAUGUCUUGCCUUUUAUAAAACAUCUGUAUCACUUAUCUAGUGACGGACAAAGCAGCGCCUCCUGCUGGAUUAACAAAAACAGCACUUUAUACUUUAUUAAUGGUAAAUGACUGCCAUAGCACAGAACCUGGCUUCUCCAUAAUCACAAGAGAUACAUGUCUGAAUGACCAAUGCGUGAGGGUUGGUCUUUAUUUUACCUGUAUAUACUUGACUGGUAGUCUGCGAAAAACAUUACAGCUCAAAUGGAUUAUUCUCUCUCCUACCAAGUGAUUUUGUAAGAAUUAAUAAUAAAAAUAGCAGGACAAAUAACUCCUGCUCCGAGUAUUUAUGAGGAAUUAUGCGUGCCUUGUCAUAAAUAUUUAUGAGAAGGCGUUACGGUAUUUGGCUUUCUUCGUAUCAGUCUGUACAUAUAAAAAAAAGUCUAAUUUUUAUAGAGUAAAAUAUGCAAGUACAAUUGAGUUCUCAGGUUUUGUAUAACUUGAAAAGCACUAAUGUCAUGGUUUCGUUCCUCGUUUGAAACUGCUCACGUCUCACGUAUUCAUUGCAUCGAUGGAGGAAAUGCAGACGCUCCACUCAUAAUCACGUGUUCGUUCGUAUUUACAAUGCAAGAAUCAUUCUGUGUGAACGAAAAAUUCCCAUAAUGUAUAUUUAACCUGCACAAUGUAAAGUGUACAUGACAAACUAAACGCUGUCUUUUCUGCAUUUACUCUCACGCUGGUGUUUUGUUUUUUUCCUGAAGCUCAGUUUGUAGAUUUGUGGCAGUGCAACACUAGUUAAUAUUUAUUGUACGAUUAUCUUUAAAGAUAGUGACUGGAUUGUUUCAAACAC